CCAGCAAGGGGUAUCAUGCUCAUUGAAACGAUGGCAUACUUAGGCCUGGUUUUCUAUGUAUUCCUGACUGGUUUAGAGAUGGACUUGACUGCAAUCUUGAGAGCAGGGAAAAGGGUAAUGGGCAUUGCUAUGACCGGAAUUCUCAUCCCAAUGGGGAUAGGAAUAGGGUUGUUUUUUUUACUUAAUCACCAAAGUAGUAAUACCACAGCUGUGGGAUGCAUGUUCUGGGCUGUUGCACUCACCAUCACGGGCUUCCCGGUGCUCACACGAAUCCUUGCUAAUCUGAAGCUCCUCCACUCGGAUAUUGGGAGAAUUGCCAUGUCUGUGGCUAUGCUCAAUGACAUAUACACCUGGGUUCUUAUUGCAAUUUUGAUACCAGUAGGUAUCAAUCUCAAAACUGCAUCAUACUCAUUAAGUGCACUCAUAGUCUUUGUGCUAAUCUGCUUUUUCGUGGUCCGCCCUAUCGUUGAAAAGGUAAUCCAAUUCACUUCAGGGGACAACUACAGCGAGUACUAUUUGUGUAUUGUGCUUACUGGAGCACUGAUCUGUGGUAUCAUCACUGAUGCAAUUGGUGCACACUCCGCUGUGGGAGCAUUUUUGUUUGGGCUUAUCAUACCCAGUGGGGAUUUAGGGGAUGCGCUUUUGGAUAGGCUAGAUGACUUUGUGUCUGGGAUUAUGUUGCCACUCUUCUUUACCAGUUGCGGGAUAAGAAUUGAUCUCACCAAGAUUAUGGAAGACACACCGUGGUACAUAGUGGUUUUGGUAAUAUUCUUGGCUUGCAUGGCUAAAAUUUUGAGCUCUCUUACAGUUAGCAUUAUCUUUAACAUGCCCCUUAAAGAUGGUGCGGCUCUUGGAGUACUUUUGAACACCAAAGGCAUCUUGGCCCUCAUUAUCCUCAACGUUGGGUGGGACAAAAAGAUAUUGAGCCACCAAUACUACACUGUAAUGAUGGUUGCUCUCUUGAUAAUGACUAUUGCCGUAGCGCCAAUCAUGUCAGCCAUCCACAAGUCCAGAAAGGGUUUAAAGCACUACAUCCUCAGGACCAUUCAAAGAUCAAAGCUUAACACUGAACUCCGAGUCCUUACAUGUGUUCAUACAAUAGCAAACAUAUCAGGCAUGAUUAGCCUCCUUGAAGUAUCCCAUGCCACUAAAUCAUCCCCAAUGACUGUCUUCGCUCUCCACCUAGUUGAGCUCACUGGCCGCGCCUCUGCCAUGCUUAUCGUCCACUCUACGCGCAAAUCAGGCGCACACAACCCUAGCCGUGCACAAGCAGACUCGAAUCUCAUCAUCAAUGCCUUCGAAUCUUUCGAGCAAGAAAACCACCUUGUCACUGUGAAUCCACUCACAGCCAUGUCUCCAUAUGGGACAAUGCACGAGGAUAUUUGUAGUUUGGCUGAAGACAAGCGUGUUGCUCUAAUUCUACUCCCGUUUCACAAACUCUCAACUGUUGAUGGGCGAAUGGGGGAAGAGAAUGCUGCUUAUAGAGGCAUAAAUCUAAAUGUUUUACCCAAUGCACCAUGUUCAGUGGGAAUCUUUAUUGAUCGUGGACUAGCCGCGGCUGUGAGACCCGGCGGGCCUAAUGAUAAAAUGAAGUGCCGGUUUGCCAUGCUCUUCAUUGGUGGCCCAGAUGACCGUGAGGCACUAGCUUAUGCAUGGAGAAUGGCGGGUCACCCUGGAAUUAGCUUAACAGUUGUGCGGUUCCUUCCGAGUGAGGAUGUGGUGGCGGACGUGGAGUCAGCAAACACAAACGAAGAACAAGGGAUUCUAGAGGUUGUAGCUGAUAAUGAGAGGCAAAUGGCAAUUGAUGACGACUAUAUAAAUGAGUUUAGGCUUAACACUGCUAAUGACGAGUCAAUAGUGUACUUAGAAAAGGUGGUGAGCAAUGGGGAAGAAACGGUUUCAGUAAUAAGUGGAAUGGAAAAUUGUUAUGACUUGUAUGUAGUGGGAAAAGGACAAGGAGUGGUGUCACCACUCACGUUGGGAUUAUCAGAUUGGAGUGACUGUCCAGAACUAGGUACCAUUGGGGAUGUGUUAGUGUCUUCAAGCUUUGCAUUGCAUGCUUCAGUUCUUGUGGUUCAACAGUAUGGGUCUGGGGGUGAAGCUGAGGAGAGGGGCAUGGUGACAUCGAUAGAUGGUUCGCGGCGGGAGCGUUUUGGGAUGCGCUGGAGAAUGAGUUCUUCACAGAGCACAAAGGGAAUGGUGUUAUCUGAUAGUGACUGGCCGGUUGGGAAUAAUGCUUAA